AGAUAUUUUUCUUUGAAAAUAUUGAAACUACUUAUGUUGUAGCUCCCCCAAAAACCAGUAAUUGACUGAAAUAAAAUUUAACACAGUCAUACGGACGGACAGACAAAAUAUAUUUUUUGCUGUGCUGUGAAUAGUUUGCACAAUUGAUAUUGCAGCAGCAGCAGCAACACACAGCAGCUAUCACUAUGUCGACAACAUCAGCAUCAUGUGAUUGUUUGGUGGGGGUGCCAACUGGACCAACACUUGCCUCCACCUGUGGUGGCAGUGCUUUUAUGUUGUUUAUGGGUCUAUUGGAAGUAUUCAUACGUUCACAAUGUGAUCUUGAAGAUCCUUGUGGACGUGCUAGUUCAAGGUUUCGCUCAGAGCCCGAUUAUGAGUAUGACUUUAUAGUAAUUGGCGGUGGUUCAGCCGGUUCUGUAGCAGCCUCACGUUUAUCCGAAGUGGCACAAUGGAAGGUGUUAUUGAUUGAAGCCGGUGGCGAUGAACCAGUAGGUGCACAAAUUCCCUCCAUGUUUUUGAACUUUAUAGCCAGUGAUAUCGAUUGGAAGUACAAUACAGAACCAGAAAAAUCCGCUUGCUUAUCGUCUGAAGGUCAACGUUGCUAUUGGCCGAGAGGUAAAGUAUUGGGUGGCACCUCGGUGUUAAACGGUAUGAUGUAUAUUCGUGGUAAUCGUGAGGAUUAUGAUGAUUGGGCUGCUAUGGGUAAUCCGGGUUGGAGUUAUAAAGAAGUUUUGCCAUUCUUUAAGAAAUCCGAAAAUAAUCUACAAGUUGAUGAGGUGGGCCGGGAUUUGCAUGGUACAGGCGGUUUGAUGCCGGUUUCAAAAUUCCCCUAUAAUCCACCUUUGUCAUAUGCUAUUUUAAAGGCCGGCGAGGAAUUGGGUUUCAGCGUACAUGAUUUGAAUGGUAAAAACUCAACCGGUUUCAUGAUUGCCCAGAUGACCUCCCGCAAUGGCAUACGUUACAGUUCUGCUCGUUCCUUUUUGAGGCCAGCUCGCAUGCGUAACAAUCUUCAUAUUCUUUUGAAUACUACAGCUACCAAAGUUUUAAUUCAUCCCGGUACUAAGACCGUUUUAGGUGUUGAAGUCAUUGAUCAAUUUGGCAGUAUGCGUAAAAUUUUAGUUAAAAAGGAAGUCAUUGUCAGUGGUGGUGCUGUUAAUUCACCACAGAUUUUGCUGUUAAGUGGUGUGGGUCCCAAAGAGGAUUUAAUGAAGGUUGGCGUUCGUCCCAUACACGAUUUGCCCGGUGUUGGUAAGAAUUUACACAACCACGUGGCCUAUUUUACAAAUUUCUUUAUUGAUGAUGCCGAUACUGCUCCCCUCAAUUGGGCUACUGCUAUGGAAUAUCUGCUAUUCCGUGAUGGCCUAAUGUCUGGUACUGGCAUUUCCGAUGUUACUGCCAAAAUGACGACAAGAUUUGCAGAUAAACCCGGUGUACCUGAUCUACAAUACUAUUUCGGUGGUUAUUUGGCCAGUUGUGCUCGUACAGGACAAGUGGGAGAACUAUUAUCGAAUAACUCACGUAGUAUACAAAUCUUUCCAGCAGUAUUGAAUCCCAAAUCUAGAGGUUAUAUCACCUUGGCCUCUAAUGAUCCUCUGGCACCACCACGCAUAUUCGCCAACUAUUUAACCGAUGAAAGAGAUGUUAAAGUUUUAAUAGAGGGCAUUAAAUUUGCCAUUAGAUUAUCACAGACCACACCCAUGAAACAGUAUGGCAUGCGUUUAGAUCGUACAGUGGUCGAGGGUUGUGAGAAAUUCACUUUUGGUUCGGAUGACUAUUGGGAAUGUGCGGUUCGACAAAAUACUGGUCCCGAAAAUCAUCAAGCUGGUUCGUGUAAAAUGGGUCCGGGUCGCGAUCCAAUGGCUGUAGUUGAUCAUGAAUUAAGAGUGCAUGGCAUUAGAGGCUUAAGAGUAAUGGAUACAAGUAUAAUGCCCAAAGUAACAGCUGGCAAUACACAUGCUCCUGCUGUAAUGAUAGCCGAAAAGGGUGUUUAUAUGAUUAAACGUGCCUGGGGCGCCAAAGUUUGACGAUUGGACGCAACAUGGACACUACAUAGAGUAAUUUAAAUUAAAACAACAACAAAAAAAUACUUAAAAAUUAUACAGAAAAUGAUUUAAAUUUAAGUUGAGAUAUUAUGUCUUGUUAUAUUGAAAACAAAAUUUGAUUGCGUGAAUAUUUUUUUAUUUCUCCUAAAUUUCCAAUUAACUCUUCCCGGUUUUAUGUUUACUUUUUUUACUUUUUCGGAACUAACCACACUCUUUGUCUAGUAGUUCACUGUUGCACUUUACUUCUUUUUUUUUAAUUAUUUUAGAUAAUUUUAUUUCUUAUAUAACAACUAGCUGUUAUUCCCG